AUGGAUCUCUAUCACUUUGCUUUCCUCUGCGGCGCUCUCGUGUUUAUUUUGGAAAUCCCCUGUUUUCACUCUCUUGCCAUCUUCCCUCCAGCUGCGCCGAAGAGCAGCAAGGUGACGAGGAUUUUUGAUGGACAAGAAGUUUCCAAGUUUUUUAAGGAGUUUUACGCGCCGCCAUCCAUCGACAGAAGCAAUAAAGCGACAUCUAAAGACUCAGUGGAGCCUCAUGACUACAUGCUGUCUAUUUACAAGACCUUCUCCACGGCGGAGAGACUGGGACUCAACGCCAGUUUCUUUCGCUCCUCAAAAGCUGCCAACACUAUUGCAAGUUUUGUGGAUCAUGGAGAAGAUGACCUCCCACUCUCCCCUCUGAGGAGACAGCAGUAUCUGUUCGACGUCUCAACGCUCUCCAAAAAGGCGGAGGUGCUGGGAGCCGAGCUCAGAAUAUACACCAAAGCGUCUGGGAAUUUCAGGAUAUCGGAAACAGAGCCCGUGGACAUCCAGCUCCUCUCCUGCCACGACCAGCAGCUGCUCGACUCCAAAACACUGGACCUGCAGGAUUCCCAGGGGCCCAAGUGGGAGGUGUUGGACGUGUGGGAAAUAUUCAAAGAGCAGCAUCACCAGAGCCAGGGGAAGCACUUCUGCCUGGAGCUCAGGGGCAUGCUGGACAACCCGGAGAGGGAGCUGGACCUGCACCUCCUGGGCCUGCACCGGCACGGCAGGCCUCAGCAGAAGAAGGCCAUCUUGGUGGUGUUCACCAGGUCCAAGAAGAGGCAGACGCUCUUCAGCGAGAGGAGAGAGGGGAGAGCGUUGCUGGGUCUGGAAAGAAAGGUCAAAGAAAGGGGCCCUGGUGCCAAAACCAGCAGGAGGAGGAGGACGGCUGCGUCCAAAACGCGCCACGGGAAGAGACAUGGCAAGAAGUCCAAAUCCAGGUGCAGCAAGAAGCCGCUGCACGUCAACUUCAGAGAUCUUGGCUGGGACGACUGGAUCAUCGCCCCGCUGGAUUAUGAAGCGUACCACUGCGAGGGGGUGUGCGACUUCCCCCUGCGCUCCCACCUCGAGCCCACCAACCACGCCAUCAUCCAGACUCUGAUGAAUUCGAUGAACCCCAGCAACAUGCCCCCCAGCUGCUGCGCCCCGUCCAAACUCAGCCCCAUCAGCAUCCUCUACAUCGACUCAGGAAACAAUGUGGUCUACAAACAGUACGAGGACAUGGUGGUGGAGUCUUGUGGCUGCAGGUAG